UAAUCACCGGUGUUGAUCAGCCCGUCGGUGUUUGUAUUUCUGUCACAAUUUACUAUUUGCGUUUUUUUUUCGAUUUAAUUCCCUGUAUUAUGCUAUCUGUAGAGAUUUAUCUGAAGAAAUGUUUUUGCAUAUAAAAUGCAAAAAGCCACAGAUUCACAUGGAACAUUAUUUAAAAGAAAUUUCGUUAUGUCAAGAGCCGCUAAUGGCCCAUCUGCAUUAGAAAAUGUUAGCUUAGAUCAAGAUAUGAGUGAAGUUCCCUCUUUGAAUGAGAGCCAAGAUGCUGUUCAUUCUGGUUCCCCAUCACACAUUCCUCUGCAACGUACCGCAAUACCACCAUCUUCAUUACCAACUACAUCGUCAUGGCAAACUCCUUUAAAUAAUGCUGUAAGAAGCCCUAGUCCAGCUUUAAAUGGUGAUGAAAACAAAGCACAAGUUACUAAGCCUGGUCAUUCUAAAAUUGAUUCAAUCAAGCAAUGGAGUAUUUCAACCUAUAAAUGCACUCGUCAGAUUUUAUCAGAAAAAUUGGGAAAGGGGACUCGAACUAUUGAUGCUGAGAUGGAAGCACAAAUUGAAUUAUUGCGAGAUACUCAAAGCAAAUACUUGAAUAUUUUGAGACUAGCCCGGGCACUUACUAGUCAUUUUUAUAAUGUUGUUCAUACACAACAUUCUUUGGGAGAAGCCUUUUCAGAGUUAUCUCACAAGUCACCUGAGUUGCAAGAGGAAUUUUUAUAUAAUGCUGAUACUCAAAGAAGCUUAAGUAAAAAUGGUGAAAACCUGCUUGGGGCGUUAAAGUUCUUUGUUUCUAGUUUAAAUACCCUUUGUAACAAAACUAUGGAUGACACUCUUCUUACUGUAAAACAGUAUGAAAGUGCAAGAUUAGAAUAUGAUGCCUACAGGAAUGAUCUUGAAGAAUUAAUGCAGAAUAAUCAAGGGAAUGUUAUGUCAUCUAAAGUUGAUGAAACGAAAAAGAAUUACAUAGCCCAUAAAGAAAAAUAUGAAAAGCUUCGAGCAGAUGUUUCAAUAAAAAUGAAAUUUUUAGAAGAAAACAAGGUUAAAGUCAUGCAUAAACAAUUGCUUCUUUUUCAUAAUGCUGUUUCAGCCUAUUUCUCUGGAAAUCAAAGCUUGUUAGAAUCAACACUGAAACAGUUUAAUGUAAAACUCAAAAGUCCAAAUGCAAACUCACCAUCUUGGCUAGAGCAAUAGUAUGAAGGAACUGUGUGCUCUUGCACAGGCUUUAUAAUGUGCCUCAACUGGAGCUCCAUUUUGCACCAAUGUAGAGUUUCUGUUUGUGAUUUUAAUUUGAAUGCUUCUUACAUAUAAAUGUGUAAUAAAACUGCAAUAUAACUUGGUGCCUUUGAUUUAGAAUGGAAAUUCAAACUAAUUGAUUUUUCCUACAUAUAUCUUGAUCUUUAUGACAGAAUUUGUUUUAAUUAUCUGAGAUAAUGUCUAAAAAAUUGAUAAUUUAUUAUAUUUUUCAGUAUUGUAAUGCAUAUAUUUUAUUUAUGAAAAUUAUUUUUAAAAUUGUUUACUUGAAUCUGUUAUUGUUAUCAAUAAUAAGCACUUUUCUGUUUUAUAUACUAAAUUUUUAUUUUGUUAUUUUAAAAAUUUAUUGAGGUAUUCUUCUUUUAUGUUUAUUGAUUUUUAUUGUUGAAUUGUAUAUUUACUUACCUAUAGAUAGCAUGUAUUAAAAAAAGAAACUUUUUGAAAGUUCA